AUGUUCGGCAUCAAAGGAUGGGACUGGGACGAUCUCCUACCGUUUUUCAAGAAGUCUGAGAAACUCAAUAUCACCAGUCAAGUUGAGACCCACAUUAAGCCUGAGCCUAGUGCGCACGGUGAUUCCGGCUACAUACACUUAAACACACCUUAUGGGACUGUCCCUUCUCGGGAAAUGUUUUUCAAAGCCAUGAAUGAGGUUGGGGUUCAGACCAAUCCCGAUCAGGCCUACCUAAAACCAAAUCUGUCUAAACUCCCAAAUUUACAUCUGGUAACGGAAGCCCAUGUUGCGCGCGUUUUAUUCACGGAUUCUGCUGGUAAGGGGGAUCUCUCUGCCGAGAGCGUGGAGUACACCAAGAACGGCGAGACGCGUACAGUGAAGGCAAAAAGAGAAAUUAUUCUCUCUGCUGGAAGCUACGGAAGUCCACAGAUUCUUGAGCUCUCCGGAAUUGGGGAUCGUAAUGUACUCACCAAGUACGGGAUAAAGACUUUGGUCGAUUCUCCAGGUGUUGGUGCCAACCUCCAACUUGGCUGCGAAAGCAUGGUACUAAUGUAUCAGGAUAUAGAGGAACACAUAAUGGCUCCGAUGUGCUUCGAAUUGGCGGUGGGCAUAGAUUCUUUUGAUACUCUGCGAGCGGAUCCUGCUUUCGCGAUGGAAGAGCUGAAGAAAUAUAUGGCAGGCGAAAAGACCAAAUUCUCCUUUGUACCAAUAUCGUUUGCUACGCUGACUGCCAGUCAGAUCUUGCAAACCGAGGAGAAAACCAAGUUCAAGGAUACUCUAAGGGAGAUCUCCAAGCGUUCCGAAAAUUCAUUUGCAUCGAAAAUGGCGGAACUGCGGGUUGGAUGGUUGGAUGACGACGCUGUGCCUUUCUUGGAGUUCAUGGAAUCGUCUGCCUUCGCGCUCUCCACUUCUGGAAAGACACCGGCCCCAGGGAAAACAUACGUUUCCAUUUACAUCGCGCUUCAACACCCUACUUCACGGGGAACGGUACACAUUACUUCAGCUAAUCCCAACGACAAGCCAGAAGUAGAUCCUUGCUUCUUGCGGAAUGAAACAGAUCUCGAGGCCAUGCUCGCAGGGUUCAAAUUUAUUCGGAACGUGCUAAGCAAGACUGAGGCCUUUAAAGUCUCUGUGGUUGGAGAGGUAUCACCUGGUAGUGACGCGGAUGGGGAUGAGGCGUUGAAAGAGUAUAUCAAGGGUAACAUCGAUGUGGUUUUCCAUCCCGUAGGAACUGCUGCUAUGUUACCGAAGGAGCUGGGAGGUGUAGUUGAUAACGAUUUGAAGGUGUAUGGGACAGCUAAUCUGAGAGUGGUCGAUGCGUCGAUAUUCCCUAUUGAGUUUUCCGUGCACCCCAUGGCCACGGUUUAUGCAAUGGCGGAAAAGGCGGCAGAUAUUAUUGGUGGAUCUAAAUGA